GCCUGAGCCGACGAUUUUAUGCCUGUUUGCAUACCUAGUUGUGUGACUGGGAGGGAGGUAUUGCUGCUUCCCUUUCAUGAUCGAUUCUUGUAAGAAUGGCGGCCGCCGCGGAGGUGCAAGCCCUGCUACGCUUUUUGACCAAAGAUGCCAAAAUUCCACUGGCUGAAGCAAUGCCCAAGAUCAACCUCCUUCGAAAACAGCAAUUGAACACUCCAGAGAAUAUCUCAACAGCCAAUCAAGCUGCUCUCAAAUCUGUCUUUACUGAUGAUAAAGUGCUCAAGCAAGUUCUCGCUGCCGCCAAGAGGGUGUGUAAUCCUAAGAAACGCACAUUGGCGCAGGCAGGGUCUCUUAGUUCGAAACGCGUGAAAACAGGGUCAGAUGUAGUAGACGAUGAAUCCGCUGUUGAAUUGCCGGAGACCGCUCUUCCCCUCGACGAGAUCGAACACAUGACAGUCGAGACCAAUCGAGCUCCUCUAUUCCUAGCCUUUACGAUUGCCGUCCUGGCCUACACUCAUUCUGAGCAACCAUUGUCAAGCCGAUGGAGCCUGGCGCAGGCGGUUGUGAGUGCAGGCGCUCAAAGUAAGGCGAAAUAUCUUGGAAUCACCCCCGGCCCAACGGCGGAGGAGGAUGGGUGGGCCCAGGGCCAGCCAAAAGUGAAGAUCAUGGGCAGGGAGGUUGCGGUCAUGCGAAGACAUGUUGUGUCUCAGAGCGAAGAGGCGCCGAGCACUCCAGCCACUGCGUUCUGGGGCCUCGACCUCGAAGCGCUUCGCAGAUCGAAUGGUCCUUUGAUCGGAGGUAAAGAUGGCCAUAGACAAGACGGUCCUCCCAUCCAUAAGCCUUCCGCAGCGCGAAAUUACCUUUUGAAGUCAAUGAUUGUGGUUGAUUCUGGGGAGUCAACGACUGAGAAAGAGGGGGAGAAGUCCAAACAGGCAAAGAAGUCCACCCCAAAAGACAUGGCCAGCAAGAGAGAGGCGGCUGCGGCGAUCAUGCUCAAAGCUAUCGACACUGUCUGCCAGAGUUGGGCUUCUUCACUAAGCAAGGAAGAGUUGGAUCAAAGAGCUCAAACAUGGUAUGUACGUGUGAGGCCCGAUGUUGAGUACGGCCAGGCAGGCUGGGGACAGAGAGGAAAGGUGCAGCUUAAAGACAUACUGAAAUUGAAGAAGGAGUGACAGGAAAAUCAACGCGGUACACAUUCGAAUUUGUCGAGCUUGACUCGAUUUCGAUGUCAUUUGCACGAUGGUAUAGUCAAUCGACCAUGAAUCAACGCCAGCGCCCCAAUUGGGUUUGCGCGGAGCAAAGUGGUGGGACAACCAAGAAGACCGCACACAACCCGACCCAGCUUAUAUCUGGUCGACUACUGCCCGCCAGCACUAUUCUGAUCCGUUUUCUUGCCCGCGUUCUUUGGCCCUACGUCGCCUGCAAGGGUCAGUCUCCGCAGCAGUCUCAUGGAGGGAUGAACUCACCACUCCAGAAGGAUUUAUCGACCUUGUUAUCUUCCUCACUGAGCUGAUUGACCGAUCUCUCGUGUCUCUGCUCCAUCUCCUCAUUGUGCUUCCUCACUUCAGGGUCAUCUUUCUCGGCUGCUGAAUCGGGGCGAUGAAUAGCUGGGCUUCCGCCCUUGCUUGUGGUUUCAGAACUGCCUGAUGAUUGUGUCUGGGAAGAGUUCGAGGAUGACGCAGUGCCCUUUUUGGCUGGAGCUUCUGGACCAGGAUGCUCGAGAUUGGCCUUAGGGUUCGGCUGGUCCUGUCCCUGCUGCAUGCCUGAUUGCUCAUUGCCAUAAGACUGAUGUGCGAGUCUUCUCGGCUGGGUGGAAGAAGAGAGAAGAGGGACAUGGCGUGAAGCUCGUGGAGCUCUGGAGGCCAGACGUAGAAUUGGCUGCAUUGCGGCAACUCUGAUGGUAUGUCUGGUGUGGUAAUGAUUUUAUGACUGGGAGAUCGCGAGUGCUACAGAUUGGUUUGGAAGAAAGUCUUGUAGGAGUCUCGCAGUUUGCAAUGUCCGCUCAGCUUCAGAAUCAAACUGUCAUACAAAG